CUUGCCGCCCCGCCGCAUCAGAGCCGGCAAGCAGCACAACGACACACUGUCAGACACCCGUCCGAAUUUUCGAUACAAAAACAAUCGACGAUUUUCGAAUUCGAAAUCACAACAAACCCAUCCAAUCCAACCAUGUCGCUGAUCCGCCGCAGCAACGUGUUCGAUCCCUUCUCCCUCGACCUCUGGGACCCCUUUGAGGGCUUCCCCUUCGGCUCCGGCGGCAGCAGCAGUCUCUUCCCCUCGUUCCCGCGCACCAGCUCGGAGACCGCGGCCUUUGCCGGCACGCGGAUCGACUGGAAGGAGACCCCCGAAGCGCACGUGUUCAAGGCGGACGUCCCGGGGCUGAAGAAGGAGGAAGUCAAGGUGGAGGUUGAGGACGGCAACGUCCUCCAGAUCAGCGGCGAGCGCAGCAAGGAGCAGGAGGAGAAGAACGACAGGUGGCACCGGGUGGAGCGCAGCAGCGGCAAGUUCCUUCGCAGGUUCAGGCUGCCGGAGAACGCCAAGACGGAGCAGAUCAAGGCGUCCAUGGAGAAUGGCGUGCUCACCGUCACCGUGCCCAAGGAGGAGGCCAAGAAGGCCGACAUCAAGAACGUCCAGAUCACCGGCUAGGAAGGAAGGACGCGUUCAAGCUCAAGUCUCCAAGUAUACCUGUCCUACUGUAAAAGGGACGUGCUUUCGUUGUGUAAUUGUGUGUUCUAGUGUUUUCAUUUUAUACUCCCGUGUGUUUCUGUAAACAUGCCACUGUUGCGUGGAGACGUCAAGUACUUGAGUCAAUCAUGGCUUUGUUGCAUGGUAUGCUAAUUCAGAAAACUCUGUCCCCCCCCUCUCGUCAUAGCGAACCGUUCGGUUUC